AUGGAUUGGGUUGGGCUGGGAUGCGCUUGUGCUUGCCGGCUUUGUUGGGCAGCUUGCUGCGGCCGCGGUGGCGCUGUUGCUUCUAUAGUGAGGGUGAUCCGGUUUGCUGGGGGUGGUGCUUGUGCUUGUGGUGCUGGUAAGCGGAAAGAUCCAAAAAUAACAGAGCAAGAGAGGCGGUCCCACUUGCUGGCAGCUGAGCGCAGCCAAGUACUUGCUUCGUAUGCGAAAAGGGCGGAAGUGGUGAAGGGGAGGAAGCACGAAGAAGGACUGGGGGAGAGUGGCAGAGCGGUGCGGAAAGGUUAUCAGUUUGGUGUGCUACGAGGGAGCAACAGGUCCUCUAUAUCGCAAACAGAUACGAGUAACGAGGGAGGUAAGAGCGAGGAGCGAGCCGAAAGCAAGGCGCUGAAGAUGUGUUUGCAUAUACCGCGCCGAAGUGGCCAGGUCCUUGGGAGUAACAAGGAGGAGGAUGAACUUCCUACGUGUCUCGUCGCCGGUCCGCCAGGUACUGCGUGGGUGCGCGCGCGGGUAAAAAACCAUAACUCAAAAGGCACAAGCUACAAGUCUCAACAACCCCAACAAGAACGUAGAAACACCAAUAUUCCUCUAAGGCAUAGUGCCCAACCUAACGAUAACACUACGGAAAACCGGGGCAAGUCAGACCACCAACCCCUCCCCCCUACCACCCCUUUCCCUCCUCUCACUAUCCCCCCACUCCGCCCCAAUACCCCCACACAGACGAAAACACCAGCCACACCCUCGCCGUGCCGCGAAGCGCGUCCGCACUCCGUAGUUCGUUACCGCAGCUCGGCGGGCUCGCCUUAA